AUGCCAAAUCCCAUCGUAUAUGUAUUUCAAGCGCUUCCACUGUCGAAUUUUGUGGAGCUCGCCGCAUGGCUUGUGAUCAGCAGGGAGCUGCUCGGGCGGUUUUGCGAGAUGGAGGCGGGCCGGGGCGGGUUCUCUGGGUUCGAGAGACCGGCAUACGGCGCCGAGAAGAGCACGUGGAUCAGCUACCUUCAGAAUAUGUCGAGCCAAGCUAAUCGUGAUAAAUACGUUUUUGGAAAGCUGACCACUUUCGUACUUCGCGCGGUCGAGAAGUGGCCUCUAGACAUCAAAAUCCUCGACACCAGCUUCCAGGCGGUCGUGGCCUGGAUCGGGCGGCUGGGACGUAGGGCGCAACCCAGCACCGAGUCCCAGAGCUGGGCCUGGACCUACCAAUGGUUUUCGGCAAGUACUAGCCAGCCCACGGCCGCGGGUGAAGAGGAGUACGAUCUUCUGGAAGACGUGCUACGGGACUUUAAAAAGUCGUAG